GUUGUCAUGUAUCUUAAUUUACCAUAUGGAGCUAUUGUUCUGCUUGUGUAUUCAUGGGUUGUUGAAGAUGUCAUUUAACCUAAAGCAAUGGAGCUGGGUUCUUGGGUCAUUCGCAAUGCUUGCCUUGUUUUCCUUGUCCCGUGACGAUCACGGUUCCGUGAGGACCCCCCCAGUAAGAAGAGAACUAAGGAGCGUUUCUAGACGAGAUAAUACGUACAAUCAGAUGCUAUCGAAGACUGAUAAUCAGGUGGUGCUUAAUAAUGGCCUUGUCCAACUCACUUUUUCUUAUCCCGGAGGAGACGUCAUUGGAAUCAAGUACAAGGGAAUUGAUAACUUGCUUGACAUCAAGAACCAGCCAAGCAAUAGAGGGUACUGGGAUCUUGUCUGGAACAAGCCAGGAGAAAAAGGUGGUGUGGACAAGCUACAAGGAACAAGAUUUAAAGUUGUUAGAGAGACGUCAGAUCAAAUAGAGAUUUCUUUUACUAAAACCUACAGUCGUUCCCUCGGUAACGCCUCAGUUCCCUUGAAUGUUGACAAAAGGUACAUAAUGCAGCGCGGUCGCUCUGGGUUUUAUGCCUACUCCAUUUUCGAGCGCCUCAAAGGGAUGCCGGAGGUAGAUAUGGAUCAAAUUAGAAUUGUUUACAAGCUUCAACAAGACAAAUUUCGGUACAUGGCUAUAUCUGACGACAGGAAAAGGGUCAUGCCAACAGCCGAUGACCGUGCAAAUGGUCUGCCCCUUGCCUAUCCCGAAGCUGUUCUUUUAACCAAUCCCAGCAAUCCUGACUUUAGAGGAGAGGUGGAUGACAAAUACCAAUACUCAAGUGAGGACAAAGAUAACAAGGUCCAUGGUUGGAUUUGUAAAGACCCAGCUGUGGGCUUCUGGAUCAUCACACCCAGUGAUGAGUUCCGUACCGCUGGGCCCUUCAAGCAGGACCUCACCUCCCAUGUGGGCCCAACUGCCCUCUCUAUGUUUGUCAGUACCCAUUAUGCUGGGAAGGAAGUUGGAAUGACAUUUCAAGAUGGUGAGGCAUGGAGGAAAGUUUUUGGGCCAGUCUUUAUCCAUCUCAAUUCAGCUCCAAGCUCAAAUGAAUAUCUCACACUCUGGGAAAACGCUAAAGAGCAGUUGGUUGAAGAAAUGCAAAGAUGGCCAUACAAUUUCACUCAAUCAAAAGACUUUCUCAGCUCUGAUCAGCGUGGAUCCGUUGCCGGUCAAUUACUAGUUCGGGAUCGGUACAGGAAUAAGAGGCUUAUUUGGGCAAGCUCCGCUUAUGUGGGAUUGGCUGCACCUGGAAAUGCAGGAUCAUGGCAAAAGGAAAGCAAGGGUUAUCAGUUCUGGACUGAAGCCAACAAACAAGGUUAUUUCCUCAUUAAAGAUGUUCGACCUGGGAACUAUAGCUUGUAUGCAACUGUUCCUGGCUUUAUUGGGGAUUACAAAUAUGAGGCUAAUAUUACAAUUGAACCAGGAAAAGAAAUUAAUUUGGCUGAUCUUACUUACGAACCUCCAAGAAAUGGCCCAACCCUGUGGGAAAUCGGCAUCCCGGAUCGAUCAGCUGCUGAGUUCAACGUACCAGAUCCGUCUCCAACCCUUAUGAACCAAUUGUACACCAAUCACACAGACAAGUUUAGGCAAUACGGCUUGUGGGAACGAUACUCAGAUUUAUACCCUAACCAUGAUCUCAUCUACACCGUUGGUACUGACAAUUACCCUGAUGAUUGGUUCUUCGCUCAUGUGACCAGGAACAAAGGAAAUCAAACGUAUGAACCAACCACAUGGCAAAUUCGAUUUCAACUUAAUAAGGGGGCGAAUCCUGGAAAUUAUACACUGCAAUUGGCAUUGGCCUCAGCCACUAAUGCAGAAGUGCAGGUUCGGGUUAACGAUUGGAGCGCAAACCCACCUCAUUUUACAACAGGGCUAAUCGGGAAGGACAAUGCCAUAGCAAGACAUGGAAUUCAUGGUUUGUACUGGUUGUUCAGUGUUGGUCUACGAAACGAUCGGCUACAAGAAGGAAACAACACCAUCUAUCUUACUCAGUCAAGACACAAGACAACUUUCGACGGCAUCAUGUAUGACUAUCUGCGAUUAGAAGGACCUCCUCAAGAGUGAUGCAUCGGUUAUACUUCCAAUAGACAGAAAAAUGCCGGCCAUCGAGAACGCACACCCUUUUGGCAUUCCCAUCUCUGUCUACUACAUGCCUUUGAACCCAAAUUUGUGGUUUCAGCCCUGUAUCAACUCUGUCUACCAGCUUUUACUGCUUCAAUGGUAGGAUGAACUUGUAUUCGAACGUCACGAAAUAAAAUUUCGAAGCACGCAAGGUAGCAUUUCUCAAACUUUGGCGGAUCAAUUACAGUUUCCCUGCAGAUAUACGUACAAGCCAGAUCGGCUGCAUGGAUUCUCACAUAAGACAGAUGAAAUAAGUAUUUUGGUAAUUUUGCUUCGUCUCCAAGAUAAUAAUGUUGAAGGGAAAUGUGGAGAAGAUUUUGGGGAAGUGUAGAAGGGGAGAAAUGAGACGAAGCAGGAGGGAGAGAUAGAAAAGAAGGUUCCUCAGCUUGUACUACAAUUAGCUUGGGAAAAAUGAGUACCAUCAUCAAUGCCACAAUUUUCCACAUUGUGAAAACAAAUUAUAUAUAUGUCUAUGUCCUUUGUAUAAAGUUUUCCUCACUCUGAAACUACGUUGUAUUUUUUAAGGAAAUGUUCUUGUCAAAUUUAUGUUAUUAUACUCGAAA